UAUAAGCGUUCGUAUAUACGGUUAAUGGCUAGAAGUUGAGCGCAUAGCGCCUCUAAGAACACUGGUAUGGACUCUUAAAUGCUCAAAACCUACAUCUUAAUUACAAAAGGUGUGGAUUUUGUGAUAAAUUAAAUGCAUUUCUAACUACGUAACAACAACGCUUACAAGAGAUUUACUACCACUUGGCAGAUUCUAAGACGAUGUUUCUGUGUCUCAAUCAAUGUUGAGGAUAAAAAGGUUUAGCAAAACAAAACGUCUUCAACAAGGACUCAAAAGAGAUGUGAAGUUUCAAACCAUGAAGGUUUUUUUUCUUUCUCUUUUCAAUAAAUAACGUGGGACAGUGAGCAUUUCUAUUUAAGGCCUUUAACUCUUAACCCAACUGGUCUCUGUACUCUCUCUCUCAGACGCUAGUCUCUUGUCUUGUCCAAACACUUGGAUUCUUUUAAGUGUACAAAAUGAGUUACUUGGGGGUUGGAAUCAGUCCCGGAAACGUUGCCGUGUACCACGGUGGCAAGAUGAAGCUGAUAGAUCGGAGACUGAGGCUAACGGAGCUGCUCUUACGCUGCUCUGUCACUGCUCUGGCAUUCCUCGGGCUUAUUCUGAUUGUUACAGACACUCAGGUCAAGCAAAUCUUCACUGUCGAGAAGAGGGCCAAGUACACCAACAUGAAGUCGCUUGUGUUCUUGGUGGUCGCCAAUGGUAUAGCUGCGGUGUAUUCAUUGUUGCAGUCAGUUCGUUGCGUGAUGGGUUCGAUGAAAGGAGACGUUUUGCUCAACAAGUCUCUAGCUUGGGCCAUUUUCUCCGGUGAUCAGGCGAUGGCUUACAUGAGUGUGGCGGCUAUAGCAGCAGCAUCAGAGUCUGGUGUGAUUGGAAUAAGAGGCGAAGAAGAGCUGCAAUGGAUGAAGGUGUGCAAUAUGUUUGGCAAAUUUUGUAACCGAGGAGCUGGAGGAGUAGCCAGCGCCAUGCUUGCUUCAGUUGCAAUGGUUUUGGUCUCUUGCAUUUCCGCUUUUAGUCUCUUUCGCUUGUACGGUGCCACCACCCAAAGACCGCCAAACCUAGCCGUGGUGAAGUGAAAGGGUCCAUUCUCUUGUCUUUAUUAGUGUUGAAAUGUUGUCGUUAAGAAACCAAAAAAAAAGAGAGAGUGAAAGUGUAGGCUAACUCUUCUUCCUUAUGUUAAAAUGAUGAUGUUCUUUGUGACAUAGUAUAUGUAAAACUGGACCUAGUGUUCUUUGUAUCAAUGUGCCAUUUGCUGUGAUCAAAAGCAA